GAUUUGAAGGGCGCAGCCCAGCCGCAACCUUUUUCUACGUUGGGUUCUUUUUCUUCCCCGACCUCCUCUACUGCUUCUGCUUACUCUUUCUCUCCAUUCUCGGCGGUCUCUGAUCGGCGAGCAACCCUCUGCAGCCACAGUGGACCCGCCGUUUGUCGUUCCCCAGCUCAACAGGGAAAAGUUGAGGCAGCUCUGCUGUUCGCUUUUCGAUCAAUUAAUGGGGGACUGUGCGGAGACCAGCGGCUUCAUGGCCUCUCCUGAGAUGGAGAAGUUCCUCUGCGACCGCUUACUCGACCGGACGCAGACCAUCUCUGAGAGGUUCAGAGCGCUCUUUUCUCUCCGCAACCUCAAAGGCCCCGGCCCUCGCAAUGCCCUUAUCCUCGCAACAAGGGACCCAUCAAAUUUGUUGGCACAUGAGGCAGCAUUUGCAUUAGGUCAAAUGCAAGAUGUUGAUGCUAUCCCUGCUUUGGAAGCUGUCUUAACUGAUCUCUCUUUGCAUCCAAUUGUGCGCCAUGAGGCAGCGGAGGCUUUUGGUGCAAUUGGUGUUGAGAGUAACAUACCUCUCUUGGAACAUAGCUUGGUGCGAGACCCAGCUCAAGAGGUCCGAGAAACAUGUGAACUGGCUCUCAAACGAAUUGAACGGUUAAAAGAUUCUGAGCAUGAGCAGGGGUCGUCUCAAGUGCAGAAAUCUCCCUUUAUGUCAGUAGACCCAGCAGCACCAGCUGCAUCUUGUUCUUCGGUAGAGCAUCUCAGGGAAGUUCUUCUGGAUGAGGGAAAAGGAAUGUAUGAACGUUAUGCGGCUCUAUUUGCUCUUCGAAAUCAUGGGGGUGAUGAUGCUAUCAUGGCUAUAGUUGAUUCUUUGGGUUGCCAAAGCGCUCUUCUCCGUCACGAGGUUGCUUAUGUCUUAGGGCAGCUACAGAACAAAGCCGCUUCAGCUGCUCUGUCUGAUAUCCUCAAGAAUUUGAAUGAACAUCCAAUGGUUAGGCAUGAAGCUGCUGAGGCGCUGGGGUCAAUUGCAGAUGAGGAAAGCGUAGCACUUCUUGAGAAAUUCGCAAUGGACCCAGAACCUAUUGUCUCUCAGAGUUGCGAGGUUGCCUUAAGCAUGUUGGACUUUGAAAGAUCAGGGAAAUCCUUCGAGUACUUGUACAUGCAAGCCCCGCAAGUGCAGUGAAUUGAUGCCGGGUAGUUCGGUUUACCUGUGCACGAACCAUGAUAAUUACUUCAAGCCAGAAAGUAUACUUUCACUGCAUUGAAGAUUUUAUUCGUGAAAGAAUAUAGUUUAUAGGAUUAUGUGAUAGAGAAGUAGAGCAUCGGAGCACAUAAUUUUCUGGCUUUAAACACUGACAGGGUAAUGUAUGGUGAUGGCUAUUUUCUUUCCGCAGAUUUACUGCCUAAACGAGGCAUUGAGGAGAAUUGGAAGUAGUAAUUACUUUGAACGGGGAACCUAUUUAAUAUUUUAACUAAUUUAACAUAUAGAAAUGGAGACAUUGGUUGGUCCUUUUC